CUUUGCGGGAGAUGACAGGGCUUCAAACCAGUGAAACCACCAAAGGAAAGCUUGUGUCUGUUGCGGGAGGAAACUUUGUGUGUCUGCUGCAUUCAGCACCAAUUGUUGCGCCGCUGGGCAUGGACCACGUUGUGUCCAAGGGACUUGUGUUCGUUCCCCGUUUUGUGUAGUCGCUGAGGGGCAACCUUGCAACGCCUGUCCACGCCGCUCUGAGGGAACCAUAUCUGGUCAAAGUAUUCGGUGCUGCUGUCACCCAGCCGGACAGUCCGGCUAUAAAUAGCGCUGCUGGAGCUAUUAUUCUUUAGCCUUCACAACGGAUGUGGAGUUGUCCCAGCUGCUCAUCUGACAUAUUGCAUUUCUCAUUCGGAGGCCGUUACUAAGUGUUUUUUAUUGCAGGUGUGUGGCAUCAUGUCGGUGUUGAGGAAGGAGAUGGAGAAGUACAGGGACAUCGACGAAGACGAGCUGCUCAUGAAGCUCUCGGAGGAAGAGCUGCAGCGGUUAGAAGAUGAACUGGAAGAGCUGGACCCUGACAAUGCACUAUUGCCUGCGGGGAUGCGGCAGAAAGACCAGACCAAGAAAGCACCCACAGGAACGUUCCAGAGAGACGACCUGCUGGCCCACCUGGAGAAACAAGCCAAAGAGCAUCCAGACAGAGCUGACCUAGUGCCAUUCACUGGGGAAAAAAGAGGGAAGGCCUGGGUACCUAAAAAGAUGGUGGACCCUAUUAUGGAGAAUGUAACUCUGGAGCCUGAACUUGAAGAAGCACUUGCCAGUGCUACUGAUGCUGAACUGUGUGAUAUAGCAGCCAUCCUGGGCAUGCAUACCCUGAUGAGUAACCAGCAGUACUAUGAAGCUCUGGCGAGCAGCACCAUAGUCAACAAGCAAGGCCUAAACAGUGUGAUCCAGGCCACCCAGUACAAACCAGUUCCUGAUGAGGAACCCAACUCUACUGAUUUGGAGGACACUCUGAUAAGAAUCAAAAGGAAUGAUCCUGAACUUACAGAGGUCAACCUCAACAACAUCAAGAAUAUUCCUAUCCCGACUUUGAAAGCGUACGCGCAGGCUUUAAUAGAGAACACAGUGGUGGAGAGGCUCAGUAUCAUUGGGACGAGAAGCAAUGACCCUGUAGCAUUUGCUCUAGCGGAGAUGCUCAAGGUUAACACAACACUGAAGAGCCUCAACGUUGAAUCAAACUUUAUAACGGGGACUGGAAUCAUUGCCCUCGUUGAGUCACUGCAGCAUAACAGGACACUAGUUGAGCUCAGGAUUGACAAUCAGAGCCAGCCAUUAGGCAAUAAAGUGGAGAUGGAGAUAGCCACCAUGUUGGAGAAAAAUACAACAUUGCUGAAGUUCGGCUACCAUUUCACCCAGCAGGGCCCACGCCUCCGAAGCUCCAAUGCCAUGAUGAACAACAAUGACCUUGCCCGGGUUGUCAGGUCCGAAUCCGAUGGCUCCUUUACCCUCACUUUAUCAGUCCCUGAGCUGGAACGUGCCUUUGGGAAAAAGUUCAAGUCAAAGACUAAUGCGAAAGAGAAGGCUUGAAGGAGGACCCAUCCUCCCCAAGUGUCGGACAAAUGUGUAGGAACCGCUUUCGCCCUCCUCACAUUUACCAGCCCUCUUGUUUUGCCUUCCGCCGGCCCUCUUUCCAAAGCCCCUUGUGACCUCCAGUUGAACUCAAAGGGUUUGACAGCCUCUCCCAAUGACCUUGGACAUCUCCAAUAUUCAAGAGCAAUUCAAGUUUCAAAGAAAGAAAAAAAACUCAUCUAGAACUUUUUAAAACGUUGAUUUUUCAAGGAUGAAAGUGGUUUGAUGGAACUUGCACCAUCAAGUGCAUGCUAAAGGAGACAUAAUGGAUUAUCAAGUGCUUAUGUGUUGGGAUGUUUUAAUUGUGCAAACUAAUCAUACCUUUAGUGUCUUGACUUCCUGAACUGUCCCUAAAUGAUCUGAAACAGCCAGUUCUGGCAAUCCCUCUUUCUGCUGUUGUACUGAGUGUAUUUAAAUGAUCAUUAUUAAUAUUAUCCAUAUGUUGUAAAUGACUAAUUUGGACAUUGUUACCUACACGUCUCUCUUUGGUCAGAAUUGCAUUGGUAGCAAUAACCGUCAAAAAUUUAAAAAUGACCUAUACGCGUCAACUAUUCCAUAUUUACUUGAUUGUGUAAAUUUACUCUGAAUCAUGGGUAUUAUAUUUUUUGCAUCUUGGAACACACUGAGUGGGAUAGAAUUUACUGUUAUGCUAUAAGAUAACAGUGGAACCUCCAAAGCAGGGACGUCAGAAGACUUUUUUUAAGCACUCAUAAAAAGUCAGAAAUAGCGCUUUAAACUAUAUAUAAUUAAACCAAAAUAAAAAUUUCUGUAAAAAAGUUUUUGUUUGUUUGUUUUUCAGCCAUCACUAUUUAAAAUCAAAAUUGGGACAUCCCUUGUUAAUCGCUAAUUCACCUCUGCUCACUUCUUUCUACACUUUGCUGCUCUCCUUUGUCUGGACUGAAACAAAGAUAUAUCACUGUAAUUGUUAUGCAAUUAAUCAGUGUUUCUCAACUGUUAGGUUGUCAUCUAGAAGUAGUUUAUGUCGCCUGCCUAGGUGGGUUACCUAGCUUGCCUCUCUCAUUCCUUCUUGCUUUUCUUAUCCUUUCUGCGAGCGAAUACCUUUCUAAUAUCCAUUUGCUAGGGUAAUGUUGUUUGAGUCAAAUAGAAAUAAAACAUGAAACAUCUUGUUUCACAUUACAGGGACUGCAAACAAAUAAAAUGCUCUUAAACCAGCUGGAAAUUAUGGUGAGCACGCAUACAAAAUUGUUAGAGGUUGUAUCCCAAAAACCGGUAAUUCAUUCGUACGGAUUGAUUCUAUCCAUUUUGGUCAUAUAAAUAAAUGGCAUCACUUAUUGAUACAGUUCAAACAAAUAUCAAUAUAUAGAAACACAAUAUUAGACAGAGUUCUUUGGUGAGAGCCUCUCACUCAAAUCGCAAUUAAUUGUCAAUGAUUCCAUAGCCAGUUAGCUAAAAGAUGGCAGCUAAUCUGCUACUUCAAUUUGCGAACAGAGUAGUUUACCACCAUUAACGCCUGAUAGUAAUGAGUAAAGUUUAACCAUUUGAAUUUACAAUUCAUUGGAAUAGGUAACCACACAACCAUCAACGCAGAGUUAAAAACGAACAGCAGGGAUGGGCGGUUUAUCGGACACUAACCUGUAAAGCAAAUGGGAAGAUGUCAUUUACACUCUUGAAUUGAUGAUUGGCAAUUUAGCACAUGAGCCGUAAUAUUGAUGCUGCAUUGACAUGGUGUCUAUAAAAAGCGCCAGUUACUGAACUGGUGAUGUAUGUUGGAGCAUUAAGAUAGGCUGCACUUCUUUGUAGCAACAAUGUUUUUAUCCCACAUUACGACUUAACAACACAUCAGAACAAUUUUCCAAACUUGGGAACUCAGACCUCCUGAACACGAACACCUGAAUGCAGCAUAUCCCCCGAAAGUGCUUUGCGGAAGUAUCAAAUCAUCUAUCAACUCAUAUGCCUAACAGCCAAAGUUACGUGCAUAAAUUACCAUAUUAAGGAGCCAUGUGCAGAUUGUGUAUAUGGAGUGAAUAGAGUGAUAUGACCAUAUUAAUUAUGCGCAUUCUCUAGAUUAUUCUAUGUAGACUUAAAACACCAAAGUAUUUUUUUUACCAGUGAAAUUUAUACUGGAGUACUGCAGAUCAAUACAGGGUCAUGUGCCCCAGUGAAAUAUGUCUGGCGACGCCCAUGUUGCAAAGUCAAAACGUACCAAAAAGUGUGUUUGUCUUGAUGGAGGCCAUUUUAGGGUGGAUCCCAACUCGUAUCCAAAAUCACAGAAUACAUGAAACAAUAUGCUUCAAAAGUCCGACAAAAUAAAAACGGUAAGAUUUCCGCUCCUUGAGCAUCCAGAGAAACUGAAAAGAUUGUAUUACACUUUGGAGGCUCCAUUGAUUUUGAAUGACAUACACUGUAUUACACUUUGGAGGCUCCAUUGAUUUUGAAUGACAUACACACAAGGUUUCAGUUCGAUUACAUGGUAAGGUUUUUCUUCAAGCUAGGACAUUUACCAAACAUACAGUGGUAUGAAAAAGUAUCUAAACCUUUUGGAAUGUCUCACAUUUCUGCAUAAAAUCACCAUCAAAUGUGAUCUGAUUUUUGUCAAAAUCACACAGAUGAAAAAACAGUGCUUGAACUAAAACCACCCAAACAUUUGUAGGUUUUCAUAUUUUGAUGAGGAUAGUAUGCAAACAAUGACAGAAGGGGGGGGGGGAUAAGUAGGUGAACCAUCACAUUUGAUGUUUUGUGCCCCCAUCCCCCUUUGGCAGCAAUAACUUCAACCAGACACUUCCUGUAGAUCAGUCUGGCACAUCGAUCAGGACAAAUUUUGGCCCAUUCUUCUCACAAAACUGCUGUAGUUCAGUCAGAUUCCUGGAAUGUCUGGCAUGAAUCGCUGUCUUUAGGUCAUGCCACAGCACCUCAAUGGGUUAAAGUCUGGACUUUGGGUUGGCCACUCCAGAAUGUGUAUUUUGUUCUUCUGAAACCAUUUUGAGGUUGGUUUACUUGUGUGUUUUGGAUCAUUGUCUUGUUGCAGCAUCCAUCCUCUUUUUAGUUUCAACUGUCUGACAGAUGGCCCCAGUUUUUCCUGCAAAACAUCCUGAUAAACUUUUGAAUUCAUUCUUCCAUGAAUGAUUGCAAGUUGUCCAAGCCCUGAGACAGGAAAACAGCCCCAAAUUAUGAUGCUCCCUCCACCAUGCGUCACGGUGGGGAUGAGAUGUUGAUGGUUUUGAGCUGUUCCAUUUUUCCUCUACGCAUGACAUUGUGUAUUACUACCAAACACUUCAACUUUGUCCACAAAAUAUUUUGCCGAAACUUCUGUGGAGUGUCCAAGUGCCUUUUUGCGAACAUUAAACGAGCAAGAAUGUUUUUUUUAGACUGCAGUGGCUUCCUCCGUGGAGUCCUCCCAUGAACACCAUUCUUGGCCAUAAUUUUAUAUAUAGUUGAUGUGUGCACAGAGAUAUUGGACUGUGCCAGUGAUUCUGUAAGUCUUCAGCACACACUCUGGGGUUCUUUUUUACCUCUCUGAGAAUUCUGCGCUGAACUCUUGGCGUCAUCUUUGGUGGACGGCCACUCCUUGGGAGGGAAGCAACAGUGACAAACUCUCUCCAUUUGUAGACAACUUCUGACUGCCGACUGAUGAACUUUCAGACUUUUAGAGAUGGUUUUGUAUCCUUUCCCAGCUUUAAACAAAUCAGCAAUCCUUGAUCGCAGAUCUUCAGACAGCUCUUUGGAAGAGCCACAAUGCUUCUCAUCAAGACAAUUCUUACCAGGUGUGUGUUAUAUAGUGGGCAGGGCAGCUUUUAACCACUCCUCGGAGAUUUGGCACACACGUGAUUUCAAUUUUGUUGGUAGAAAUUGGUUUUAAUUGCUCUUUAAGUCUCCUUAUGCAGAGGGUUCACUUAGUUAUUUUCCCCCUUCUGUCACUGUUUGCAUGUUAUCCUCAUUAAAAUAUGAACACCUAUGUAUGUUUGGAUUGUUUUAGUUAAAGCAGACAUUGUUUUUACAUUUGUGUGAUUUUGACAAAGAUAGAUCACAUUUGAUGGUGAUUUUAUGCAGAAAUGUUAGAAAUUUCAAAAGGUUCAGUUACUUUUUCAUACCACUGUAGAUUGUAUUACACUUUGGAGGUUCCAUUGAUUUUGAAUGACAUACACAAGGUUUCAGUUCGAUUACAUGGUAAGGUUUUUCUUCAAGCUGGGACAUUUACCAAACAUAAGAAAGUAGGUAUUAUGUAUGCAGCCCAUACUUUCCUAAACUUUCAUACAGGUCCUGUUUGUUGUCAUUCUUUAACGAAGUUUAAACAUGAGCUUUAGAAUGAGAUGCCUGACUGAUGAUCACAGGCACAAAUACAACCAAGUUUGGAGUGUUCCACUCAAAAGACAAAUUUGGCCAUAGCGCAAACACAAAAUUCUGAUCGGGUGGGCAGAUACACUUCACUGAUGUCAAGUUUAAAUAGAUGAAGUUCAAACAAGCUUUGAAGCAGCUGCAAAUACGGUUUUAAUUGGACCCUUUGGACAUUUUAAGUGUGUCAUUGCACUGAUCCCGGUUUGAUCCUUAAAUGUUCUUUUCACCAAACAUUGUCUUUGAUUACCAACUAGAAACCACAAGUAAUCUACUUCAGUGCUGAGAAUUUGACAACAUUUGUAUUCGGACAAGAAGGGAAGUGCAGCUGUACGCAACUUUAGGAAGAGUCAGAAACAUAGCUUGCUUGCUAAACUUAAAAUAUUUAUUGCUGUUUGGAGUAUCUGGAGAAACGGGCAGUAAACAAGGAUGUAAACAUUUGUGUCCGA